CCCGCUCCCACCUCCCAGCCCCAGGCACACUGCAGCUCGGCGCGGACUCUCCGGCCACGGCGAGGUGGCUGCAAACUCGCGGGCACGCACGGCGCUCGGGGAGCCAAGGGACUCGGGGGAGGGGACGCGCGCGGAAGGCGCCAGCUUCCUCUCGCCCGCCCCUGGCAGCCGCGAGCCGAGGCUGGAGGCACCCGGGGCCCCAGGCGGGCAGAGCCGAGCGGCGGCGGUGGCGGCUUCCUUUUUCGCUCCCAUCCGAGCCCUGGAGCGGCUCGGGGACCGGCCCUAACAGGAGCAGGAAAUCUUGUUUACCGCCCGAGGAGAGGAGCCGAUCGAGCCUUUGUCUGGAAAGUCAGCAUCUCCAGCUCUGGCUGCAAUGCAUUCCUGGUGACAUUAGCAUAUAGGCAGAGCGGCCGGAGCAGGGAGGUCGCCAGGUUCAUGUCUGCUUUCGGAGGUGGAUCGAGCGGGUGACUUUUGUGCAUUCGUUUUAAUUUUUGGAAAUCUCUUUUUUUCCUCCCUUGCCCGCUGCCUGGCAUGUCCUGAUCUGGCGGCCGCUCCCACCGCCCCGGGCUGCCGAUCCGAGCGGUCUCCAGGUGGGUCUCCCUUCUUCCCUCCCUGACUUUGCCACACCGCGUUCCGGGAGGACCGACCUCAGCGAGGAAGGAGGCGGGGGAGCCACGAACACCGGGUCCCAAACCUUGACAUGCUCCCGGGCCGAGAGGAGGAAGCCAGGAGCUGAGCGCACCGCCGGAGCUGUGUGGCCGGCCGGCUCCGAGUGCCGGGCUCCGGGCGCCCUGCCUUGCGCCUGGGUGGCAGCCUCGUUGGUCCAGGGGGCGCCCCCAGCUUCUUGCUCCGGGGGUCCGCGGCCGGCAGGACCAUGCUGCUGAAGGAGUACCGGAUCUGCAUGCCGCUCACCGUGGACGAGUACAAAAUCGGACAGCUGUACAUGAUCAGCAAGCACAGCCACGAGCAGAGCGACCGGGGAGAAGGGGUGGAGGUCGUCCAGAACGAGCCCUUCGAGGACCCUCACCACGGCAACGGGCAGUUCACCGAGAAGCGGGUGUAUCUCAACAGCAAACUGCCUAGUUGGGCUAGAGCUGUUGUCCCCAAAAUAUUUUAUGUGACAGAGAAGGCUUGGAACUAUUAUCCCUACACGAUUACAGAAUACACAUGUUCCUUUCUGCCGAAAUUCUCCAUCCACAUAGAAACCAAGUAUGAGGACAACAAGGGAAGCAAUGACACCAUUUUUGACAAAGAAGCCAAAGACCUAGAGAGAGAAGUUUGCUUUAUUGAUAUUGCCUGCGAUGAAAUUCCAGAACGCUACUACAAAGAAUCUGAGGAUCCUAAACACUUCAAGUCAGAGAAAACAGGACGGGGACAAUUAAGGGAAGGCUGGAGAGAUAGUCAUCAGCCUAUCAUGUGCUCCUACAAGCUGGUGACCGUGAAAUUCGAGGUCUGGGGGCUUCAGACCAGAGUGGAACAAUUUGUACACAAGGUGGUACGAGACAUUCUGCUGAUUGGACAUAGACAGGCUUUUGCAUGGGUUGAUGAGUGGUAUGAUAUGACAAUGGAUGAUGUUCGGGAAUACGAGAAAAACAUGCAUGAACAAACCAACAUAAAAGUUUGCAAUCAGCUCUCCUCCACUGUGGAUGACAUAGGGAGCCAUGCCCAGACAAGUACAUGACAAUGGAUGAAGUCCGAGAAUUUGAACGAGCCACUCAGGAAGCCACCAACAAGAAAAUUGGCGCUUUCCCACCUGCCAUUUCUAUCUCAAGCAUUCCCCUGCUGCCUUCUUCAGUCCGCAGUGCCCCUUCUAGUGCUCCGUCCACCCCUCUCUCCACAGACGCACCAGAAUUUCUGUCAGUCCCCAAAGAUCGGCCCCGGAAAAAGUCAGCCCCAGAAACUCUCACACUUCCAGACCCUGAGAAAAAAGUCACCCUGAAUUUACCUGGUGUGCACUCUUCAGAUAAGCCAUGUCGGCCCAAAUCAGAGUAACUUCAUACAAGUAUCUCAUGGGGUUUUAUAUUUUUGUUUUGGGGGGGUUGUUUUGUUUGGUCUUGUUUUUAAAGAAUCUUCUGAUAUAGAAAAAGACUGCUUUGUCACUCAAACAUGUUCCUUCUAUCUCUUGAGUGUGCACGUAGUUAUGUAAUUUCACAUAUAGUAUGAUCCCCUAAGUAUGCCACACAGCAUCAUGUUAGAUGUAGGAUGUAAGACUUGCAAAGGACAGAAGGAAUCUUCUGUAGCCAUAGCUGUAAGCCAGGGAGGAAGCUUUGUGAUUGGGCAUUGGAUGAGGUUGGCAUAAACUUCAAGGGUAAAUAAAUGAAAACUUUGCACCCCUUUGUUACAAGGUGUGGUAAAAUAGUGAAGUCGAUUUCCUCCCAUCAAACCUGAAACUCCCAAAAAUACUCUCAGGCAUAACAUACCUAAUUGUUAGAUUUUGAAGUGCUCAUCACCAGUACUUGAAUACCAGUAGUUACUGAGAUUCCUAUUUUGGUUAGUCUGACUCAGGAUUUGGGGCCUACUUAACUCUUUAAAUUUUUGAAAAUUUUAAUUAUUAACCUAUAAAGGCUCCAAGUGCAAUUAAUAAUAACUUAUUUAUACCUUUCACAGAAUUUAAUAAAGAUUCCACUUGUUUCUGUCUUCGAAGAACUUUCCCCUUUGUGCCCUUGUGGCCUCAGAAAUCUUUAAGAAUUGCAUGAAUGAAUGUGACCGUAACUGACUGAUUUUGGAAUGUUUUAGUUUAGGAAACAAAGGGCCCAGGUGAGGCAACAUCUUUUAUCUCUACAGGUACCAACAAACCUUGACUUAUCAGAUUCCAUCAUCCAUUAAGAUUCUCAGAAUCUGCAGUUAAUUGAAUAGAAUUCAUUGCCUAUUUGCCUAUUCAAAGAAAUUCAAAGGUAGAGUAAGCUAACUGGACUUCAACACUGUCAGAAUGUCUGGUGCAUGAACCAUAAAAAACAAUUGUCCCCCAUCCCUCUCCUUCUUUUACUCUCAGUAACAUCCAGACUUCCCUGGAACAGACUGCCCACCACCAGACCUUAGAGAAGACUGUCAUUCUCUUGCUCCUUACUUAAAAUCCAAAUAUUGGGAAUGAUGCAGAAAUCGAGUAAAUACUGUUAAGUAUCAGGAAAGAAUGGGCAGAAUUGCUGGCUCCUAUUCGUAGGGUAGAAAGGAGGAGUAAUAAUAGAUGCCCGUCUGUCUAGCUUUCCUUUCUGCAAGUAGUGGUAAUGCAGGAUUAGAAUCAAGGUUGACCGUAGGCAAGUUCACUCAUCAAAGUGGCCAAGAGAGAAUCUCCUUCGGUCACCUUUGCACCUCACUGCCUUUAAACACAGAAGGGGGGGCAAGCAGAAUCUCAACUUUUGUCCUCCAAGAGAGGAAGAGAGCAAGGCAUUUGGGCAACUCCAAGGCCCAUACCCCAGAUAGCCUUCCUGAUCGUAACCUCCCACCUCAGGAAAAGGACCUUCCCAAAACACAGAUUCCAAAGCAAACAAAAGAGACCAAGGAGCCACACGCUCCUUCUCUCACGCAGCCCCUCAGCCAGUGGACGCUGCCUGCGUCCCUCUCUCAGUGCUCAGCACUCUGUCGUGUCUUUCAGGUUGAUACACUCUCCCAAGGUGCAGGCGCUGGCCCCAUGAACCCAGCACCAAAGUGCUCUAAGUCACAGGUCAGACUGUCAAGAUCAUUUCUUUAUCUAUAGGUUGACAUUUAGCUUAAAAAGAACAAACCCAGAAUUCAAAGGAAACCAGUUGCAAGUAGCCUAGAUCAACAAUGCAUCUCUUUCCUAAGAGUGGUAGUAUGGUAGUAAGACACUUCUUUGCAUGGUAUGGAAGCAUGAAUUUUUGAUUGUGGGAAAACAGUCUUUUCUCAAACCCCUUGGACUUCUCAAUGGCUCCCCCUUCGCACAGUAGUACUUAAUGAGAAUGUUCACUUUAGGAAGCAAAAUUCUACUUUUGGAAGACACUGAGAUAUAGUAUAUAUAUUUGCUUACUAUUUGCAAGCUGAAAUCAGGGUGGGGGUGGGAUCCUUAAUUUCAUGUAGAGCAAAUUGAUUUCGUGCAGGUUGUUAACACAUCUGGCACCUCGAUUUUCCAUUAACACUGUUGCUAUUUUCCCUUUCUAUAAAGUAGCAUCUGCUGUCAAGGUCAACAAUUUAUAUGCAUUAGGAAGCUAAUUUCUGAUUUACUUUUGUGAGUUUUAUUUCUUUUAUAGCCAGUAUAAUGCCACAGAUACCAAUUGCAAAGCUACCCAUGGUAUUGUGAUUCUUAGCCAACAAAUGUGUGUGCUCUUAAGGUUCAGUUUUUCUGUCUAUAUGUGGUUUGUGAACAUUAAAAGGGGGUGGUAGUGUGCAGAUAUUCAUUUAGCUGCUUUCAAUAUUUAAUCCAGUCAUCACAAGGCAUAAAUGACUUCAAUAAAUCUUGGUUUUCAAGUGACAUUUCACAUUCUCCAUACAUAAAUUUGUUAUUGUGGAAUACAAGCCUGGAAUGAAUGUGUAUAUAGAACAUUAAUAAUUCUUAUAAGGAUGUACAUUAAAAAUGGCUGCAUAAUGGAAAUUUAGAAGAAAAUAAAGCAGAAACUUGAAUUUGCUAAGCAUGUUUGGGGAAAAAUUAACUCAGUGCCUCUGUCUGCAAUGUGGAAACCUACAACUUUAUUCACCAAAAUUGUAUCAUAUCUGUAUAUAUAUAUAUAUACAUAAAUAUAGUAUAGUGAAUCAGACAUUACCAGUUUUAAGUCUCUGGUAGCCAAAUUAAAAUAAAUAAUCCAUAGAAUAACAUAUGUUCACCCAUUUUCAUUUCUGAUGUUGGUGGGGACCCAUCAAAAUGCCCAAAACUUUCAUUAAUUUGGGUGGAUUUCAAAUACGAAAUGCUCCUGUGCUUUUCAUUGGCUGUAGCUCAGGAUCUUGCUUUGGCUGUGCUUUCCUGGGAUAGAAGGUCUUGGUGUUUUUAUCACAUAAACUUUGUCAAAAAUCACCUCUGAGGAUCAUUCCAUUUUCCCACUUUCGGGCGGUAGUAAGACAAAGCAAAGAAGGAAAACAGUGAAAGAAGCCAAGACAUUUUUGGUAACCACCAUUAUAACUGCAAAUAUAUGGGUUCAUUGGAAAACUAAUUUAUAAACCCUCCUGUUAUGAUUUUGCAUCUGUGUGUGGGCAAAAUGGUUUUAAUUUAUUUGGAGGUAUUUAUUAGCCAUGUUUUUGGUUGUAAAAAUAGAUUUCCAAGUGGAUGUGUAAUGUGGACACUUAAAAAACACAACAAUGUCCCCAAAAGUAAUUAUGCCAUUUUCUUUCAAGACACUGUAAUGAACAGUAAAUAGAUUCCAGCACGACUUGAUAAGUGAUUUUUCUGUGAAAGUUUCAGGGCUAAUGUAUUUAUGUUUAUUUUAAAAUUCUAAUUUCUUUAGCAUCUCUUCAUGGCUCAGAGACAACAAGGUAAUAGGUCCCUGGCUGGCUUAGGUUAAUAGGAAUUUUACUUUUGAGAAGGGCCAGAGUAUAAUUGACUUUACAUGUUAUGUUUCAUUAGACUAUGCAAUAGAGAGAAAUUGUCUAAAUAGUUUUAGUACCUUUCUGAUUAUCUGACUCAGUAGGCUAGGUGACAGUCUGCCAUCUGAGCUGUAGUUCUUGAAAUUAAAAAAAAAAAAUCUGUCCACUGAUAAUUUGAUCAUAAAUAAUUUAAAUCUAUUCAUUCUUGUUGAAAUUGAAGUGUUACACAAUAGCACCAUGGUGGCAUGCUGAGGCAAAACAUACUGGGUUCUUCUGUGUUCUACCUUCAAAACAAUCUGUUUGCAUUUGAAAUAUAAGUGUUUAAGCUUCUUAGGAGUUAGUGCAAUAAAAGAAUGUGAACGUGUUGGGAACUUUUCAGAUGCCAUUAUUAUUGUAAUUUUGUUGUUAAAUUAACAAAUGCUUUAGGAUAAGCCUUUCAAUGUUUUUGCUUUAAAUUGAAAGCAUGUCUGUUGAAUUGCAAGUCUCCCUUUAGUUUCUGUAUAUCACCAAGAAAUUCUUUGAGUUGAUUUUGUACCUCUGCCACUUAUAUGUAGCUUCAAGUGUAACUUUUAGUGUUUACGUUUCAAGCCGGGAUCUUGAUUGAUUAAAUUAGUCAAUAUACCACUGCCACUGCUGAAGGACCAAGUUUUGGAAACCACAGUGUUACAGACUACAAGCAACGCAAACAAAAGUUGAUCCUCACAUAUACCAUCCUUCUGUGUCAUUUUAUGGCUGUUCUGUGUUUUUGCCCCAGUUAUUUAUUAUUGUUAAUAACUUACUUUUUCUUACAUUCUGUUGUAAAUAAAGUACAAAGCAAUCUUCUUUCCAA